GUGAUGUGAUGGGGAUACAUAGACUAUCGAUCGAUCUGGUCCCCCAUUUCUCCGUUCUCUCUCUCUUACACUAUAGCCUACAACAUUGAGGUCAAUUCUCCUAUCGUGUCAAGAACCUUAAACCUUAAGAGCUGCUGACUCGCGGACUCUGGAUCCCCACAAUUUUUCCUGUCAAUGUUAGAAGCAGGAUAUGUUUUUGAUAAUAAGUGGACACGCUAACGUCAACAAAAGGUACAGAGCAUGGACAUCGUAAACCUUGGCACUUUAAAGAAUCGUUUAAUCGUGAUCGGGGGCAGCCUCUUGAUGAUCGUGGUCUUCAAGACUUACGUUGAACUGCGGAACCACCUGGUGUCUCUUAGCUACUCCGAACGCAAACUUGUAGAGAACGUAAACAGAUUGGUAUACCGAAAUGGCAAAGCCCUUCCUCGGUCGAAGAUAUCAAAAAGUAGGUACUACGAUCAUGUCCCAGAGCUAGAUGAUCUCCGACUAAGCCAAGAGAUCAUAAAGACUGCCGCUGUCAACAGGGAGUUUAAGAUUGACAGUAACGUGGAUGCAUCAUGGAUGAGGAAAGUAUUAGCCGAUGACAGCGUUGGAUCAGCGUCCGGUCCUAACAGGUUGUUGAAGAAGUUCCAGGACGCAGCGGCAGCAGCCAACGACUCCCAAACAGAUUGUGUAAUCAGGGUCUUCCAAAUGUGCAGGGAACUUGAUGAACGGGUUAUCCAAGUUUUGACUUUAAACUGGAAGCGUCUGAAGUGUAAGUUCUCCGACUGUUGGAUUGAAACCAAGGUUGGAAAAGACUUUCAGGACUUCUUAGAAAGUGACGUGGUGGUCUUUCACAUCGAUAACCGUGAUUGGGCACCUUAUGUCCAAAACCGGCCGCCUGGCCAGUUCUGGGUGUUCCAUUCCAAGGAAGCCUCUAUCCAUGGCCCACCUGCGAGUCCACCUAGAGAGUAUGGUAAUCCUUUUAACCUCUCGCUAACUUACCUCCUCGAGUCAGAUAUUGCUCCAGGUUAUUACUUCGUGGACACAGAACUCGCAGAACCAGAUCCGAAGAUUCUCCAGAAGGACAAACUGAUGAUAUGGGUCGCAACUAACUGCAACAGUACCAGUUGGGCGAGGACAAGGUUUGUUAAAGAACUCCAGAACUACCUGAGCGUCGAUACCUACGGCAGGUGCGGACGGCUAGAAUGCCCUCUCUCGGAGGACGCAUGCUGGGAUAUGCGUGCAGAGUAUAAAUUCACCCUGGCGUUGGAGAAUACUCAAUGCCCUGAGUACAUUACAGAAAAGAUCUGGGACAACGCUCUCGCAGUUGGAAGCGUCCCGAUCGUCUUCGGCGCGCCGAAAGCCGACUACGAACGUCUGAUUCCACCGCACUCAUUCAUAUAUCUCGACGACUUCAAGACUGUUCGAGAGUUCGUGGAAUACAUCAACCUCCUGGAUCGCGACCAGCAGAAAUAUCUAGAGUACUUUUCCUGGAGGAGGUUAGGUGGGGUAGAGAAGGGGGAUAGUCUUUUGACCAGUCGCGCAAAGACAAACAGCCACAGCAUGUGCAUCAUCAUCAAAGGACUGGUUAUGAAAUCAUUGUUUCCAGAAAGAUAUCCCUGGCAGGGUCGCCACCCUGUGUUCUACGACUGGUGGUAUGGGAAAUGCAAUCUUGAAAGCCAGAGAACACGAGUAAUGGAUAUCGAUGUCACUAUGUAGGUCUAUAUAUAAAAAUUGAUGAUUUCAAGUCCGGUGCUGGUGUUGGUGUUGGAAGCACAAUUGGGAUUGUGCUUUCUAGCUCUACAACCUAUUCUGAGUUUUAAAAAGGAUGCAGAUCUCAAUAUUAACGGCUCAAUACCUAGUGAGCGUUUUUUCAGGACCAAUUAUAUAAUAUGUUAUAUUUACUCCAAAAAAAAAAAUGUAUACCCAAUAUUGGGUAAAAUGGGAACAUGCGUGUUGGUUGGGUGAACAAAUUUACGCAAUAUUGCGUUGAAAUAGCCCAAUAUGGGGUAAAAAAAGAAAUACCCAGAACACAUGCACGUUCCCUUUCUACCAUAUAAUGGGUAAAAUUUUACUCAGUGUUUUUAGAGUGUUCGGUGCUAAUAAGCUCGUGUUAUAAUUGACCUAAUCCAACACCAACAGGUCAACUCUGAACUUAAAAUCACCCAAUGUGACCUUAGAUACUGACUUCUGAGGUCUAAUUGAGCUUUCUUAUAAUAAAUACAAGAGCACCUGUUCCAUGUAGGAAACUGUAGGGGCAAAUUGCCACACACACCCCACUUCGUUACUUCUGAAUUAAAACAUUGAUUGUUCGAAUAAAAUCAAUAUCUGAUCUAUAUAA